UGUGUGUUCUGCACAAGUAUGUUUCGCACCGAGGAGGAUUUCAGAAUUCACACCCAAGUCUGUCAACAACCAGUCUUGUCCUACUGUUGCUCAAUGUGCUUUUACAGAGCGGACCAGCAGGAAAGAAUUGACAACCACUUGCAUGAUGCCCACCAAAUUCCUCUGCAUCAGUUUGUGUGUAAAGUAUGUCCUUCUAGCUUUAGAAAACGGAUAGGCCUUAAGAAACAUAUGGAAGUAAAGCAUUCAAAAACAGCCCGGUUCCAGUGUCCAUUUUGUGGAAAGUUCAUGUACAAUAAAAAUGACUUGGAUGGCCAUGUGAACCAGCAUAAAGGUGUUAAGCCACAUUGCUGCUCCUAUUGUGGCAAGGCAUUUUGCUACAAGUCUUCCAUGGGCUCUCAUGAAAAACUCUGUGCCUUACAGUGGCCAAAAUAACAUGAAACUCUUUGCAAAUUUUAUCAAAUUUUGAAAUUCAUGCACACCGUCUUGUUGUAUUUUUGCUUUAAAAUGUUCUAAAUCUGC